CGAGCACGACGGCGCACACAUCUAGGCGAUAUCUCUCAUAUCUGAUUAUAUAUCUUGACUAUAUCUUCUUGCAUUCAUGUCUAGAACUGGGGCGUCCAGAACUCGAACGAAAUGCGCCAAUCCUGAACUCCUAUCUUGGCUUGGGGAGCUGCGCGACGAGACGGAGGAAGACUCAAACUAUCGUAUGGUACUCGGUAGAGCGUACAAGAGCAUGAAGGAGUACCCCGACGUCCUCGAGCGCAUCGAAGACGCUGUGCGCAUCAAGAAUAUUGGACCAAAGAUCAUCAGCAAGCUCAAGGAGAAGCAGAAAGAGAAGACAGGCUUUAUGAGCGCUCACCUCAACCUCCCCUCAACGGCGGGUCCCUCUACCUCUACAGCGACCGAACCGGCACCGAAGAAGCGCGGCAGACCUAAGAAGGCUGAUGGCACCGCUGCUACACCUUUGAAUCGCCAAGUCUCUGCCCCUUCAGUCAUGCACACAUCUGGACCAGCGAGGGCUACCCCGCGGGCUCGUCAGGCCUCCGGUGCUGCCGCGGUUGAAGCGACCGUCGAGUACGCGCCACCUCCCGGAGCACCUCUAACGGACUCGAACCCCUUUCUGUUUACCUACCUCGAUAGCAAUUCUCGUCCUGUUCGCAAGCGAGAUGAUGCCUACUUUGAAGAGGAAAAGCUGAGAGAACCAGGAUACCUCAUUCAAUACUCUGCCCCCUACGACAAACACCCCCUCAUCAAGGAGCUGUUGGGACACUUCCCGAUCAACGGGAAGUUAAACGCGUACCUUCCUAUGAUUUUCGCGCUGGAGUACAACACCUCUCCAUUACCUGCGUCGCAGCCCGCCCCGCCACCUCCGGCCUCCAAGGCAGCUCCUCCACAGGCAGAGAAACGCAAGCUUUCGGACUUGCUUGAUGCGGAGAACAAGGCGGACGCCGCUCAGAAGCGGCGCAAUACCGGGUCUCUAAACCCCGCUCGCCAGCUACCAGUGCAGCCGCCCGGUCUUGCGUCGACCUCGUUCGCGACCGCGCGAAAGCCCAUGGGACGCUCUGCGACGAUGCCCGCCAUGAACAAUAGCAUGCCGCCGCCAGCGGCGCCCGCGGCAGCUGAGGGUAUCACCAGGACCACCUCCCUCCCUAACAACACCAGAGUCCAACGCAACAAGCCCCGCCUUUCCUCCGCCCUCCCCACCAUGGAAAUAGAAGUCGACCUCGAGGACCCCUACGCGUCUGCGGAACACAUGGAGAUCCCCAAAUUCAACCCUAUCGUCAUUCCUGCCGAAGGCUACGACAUUAAGUUCGUGCUCGACAUCCGGGAGGUCAAGUCGAGGAAGGAUCGAGACUGGCUGGCGGACCGGUUGGCGACGAAGGGGAUCCCGGUGGUGAAGGAGCCGCUGGAAAUUGGGGAUGUGGCGUGGAAGGCUGUGAGGAAGCAUAAACGGGGGGAUGAGUAUGAUGAGGUGGUGUUGGAUGUGAUUUUGGAGCGCAAGCGGUUUGAUGAUUUGUGGAUGAGCAUUAAGGAGGGGCGGUUUCAUGAGCAGAAGUUCCGCCUCCACAACUCGGCCGUGACGAAGGUAUUCUACCUCGUGGAAGCUUAUGAUCGCAAUAAACGAGAGGACGCCAAGCAGUCAAACCUGGGCAAAGCCUUCGACACCGCCAUCAGCUCAACCCAAGUCGUCGACCACUUCCGCGUGAAAGAGACCAGCCACAUCAACGACACUAUCGCCUACUACACCACCCUCCACGCCGCCGUCCUCGACCGCUACCGCGGCAAGCCGCUCAACGUCCUCCCCUCCGAGCUCAUCCGCCGCCAAACGUACCUCAAGCUCCAAAAGGGCCUCCGCCGCCGCGAGCCGCACCGCGAGUACCUCACAACGUUCGCCGCGUUCCAGCUGCUGAACACCAAGUCGGGCUUCACGACGAUCAGGGAGACGUGGGCGCGGCAGCUGUUGCGCGUGAGCCUGAUGAGCGCGGAGAAGGCGGGCGCGGUGGUGCAGAGAUACCCGUGCCCGCGCGCGCUGCGGGACGCGUUCAGGGAGGACGAGGAGCGGGAGAGGGAGGAGAGGGCGCUGGAGGAGAUGGAAGCAAGGGCGGUGAAGGGGGGAAGGAGGAAGAAGAGCCAGGUGCGGCCGGCAAGGCAUUUGCUGAAGGAUGUGGGGCAGGGGGUGCGGAUGGUGGGGGAGUCGUUGAGUGAGAAGGUGUAUGAUUUGAUGAUGUCGGAGGAGUAUGCGGCGCGGUAGGACCGGAGGGGAGUCGCGCGAUCUAGCUGGUUUCUUGACUUUUGAGGGUAUCUUGAUGUUUAUCUUAUCGUAUAGAUUGCUGGCAUCACUUGAUAUCCUCUUUUUUAAUCUUUCAUUGCGCGUCCUGUCCACAGUACCUCGUCCUUUACUACUUUUCUUGCCCUUCAAGUCGGCGCUCGCCGAACUCCGUCACGGUUGAACUGUCACAGUGACAUAUAUGCACGUGCCUGACACACUGUUUCUUGGCUCGCGCAAUUGACGCGGACCUCGUU